UUGGACUGAAGAAAAAUAUGUUUGUCACGAAACCAACACUGGUUCCAGCAACAGAACGCGGCAGAGUGUGAAACAUGGCGGGGCGGUGUCAUGCUGUGGGGAUGACCUUCUGCCACAAAGCAGAACAGGAAAAUGCACAUAGGAGGGUCUCCACUGGGCAAGGUGAAGGUUACUGUGGGAGGACCUGUAGAGGUCUGGAGGCGAUCUCCUCACAGUCUAAAUUCUGGACAACGUAUACAGCUAGGGUCACAGAGCAGUUUGCUGAAAUAUGUGUCAGACAUCCAGCUUAGUUUUCCCUCUAACAUGAAUGGCUCCCAUGCCUCUAGCUGCUCCUUGCAUGUUCACUGACGCUCACCUUCUCCUUUCAGUAAAUUUCUGCAAUGGAACCACCUUAAAUGGAUUCAGAUUUCCAAAUACAGCCGUUGGUUGGUUUGCGUAUUCAGCUGAAAAAUGCCCAGGUGGAGCCGGUACACCCAGAGCUACAACCAGAUGUUCCUCCAGAGAAGGAAAACCAGAGUUUGACCUGCCACGGCGCUUUGAUUGUGGACAGACUCUCCAAGACAUACAAAGAAAUCUCAGCAGUGCAGCAGACCUGGAGACCCUGGCAUCCAGCGCUCAGGUUCUCACUUCCAGACCUGAGAAUCUAAAGGCUGAAGAUAUCAUAGUAGCAGCUGACAUCGCCAACACGCUGCUGCUGUCUCCUAACGCCUCCGAGUCUGUCAGGGUGGCGGCAGUCGCUACAGUCAGCCAGCUGCUCAACGCCACCGAAUCCAGUGAGAUGGAGGAAAGCAGCACAACUCAGGGCCUGACAGUGACUCUGGAUCAGCUCGCUCUGAACCUCAGCCUUACCAGCAACACCUCCCAGGUGGUCCAACCAAACCUGGUGGUCCAGUCGGCUCAGGUCCCAGCUUCAGACACUCAGGGAGUCCAGUUCACCGCCCUCGCAGGGCUGUCUGGCAGUUUUGUAUCAAACAGGAUUCAGCUGAACACCAACGUGUCAAAGGUCACCGAGGACAGCGGCCUCAUCGACGCUCUGGUUCACAUCCAGUUCCCAUCAGGAGGACGGCAGCAGCGCUCCAACGCGUCUCUGGGCUUUGUCCUCUACCAGAACAGCCGGUUCUUCCCAUCGAGCAUCUACAGGAGGAAGGAGGCCAGCGUCAGGGUGCUGUCAGCUAGCGUCAGAGGUCUGGAGCGCAGCGUGGUGCCGCAGUCUGUGGAGAUGCAUUUCAGACCGGCACUGCCGCGGAACACAUUUCUGCACGACUUCGCCUGCGUCUUCUGGGACUACAACCUGCGGGACUGGAGCACCCAAGGCUGCUCCAAGGGAAACGCUUCAGACAAUGUUCUGAGAUGUCUGUGCAACCACACAACCAACUUCGCAGCUCUCUGGUCGUUCAGAGAAAACUACAAGUAUGCAGAAGCCCUGGGGGUGAUCUCCACCGUGGGACUUUCUUUCUCCCUCCUGGGCUUGGUUGUAACCAUCAUCCACCACCUCAAGGAGAAUUUGCAGAGGAAAUCCCGGAAACAGCAGACCCAGCUGAACUCCAAGCUGUCUCUGUUCUGCAUCUACCUCAGCCUGACCCAGAACCUGAUCCAGAACAUGACCCAGAAAUGGACCCAGAACCUUUAUCUAGAACCUGACUGUUUUCUUCUGUAUCUGCUCAGUUUGCAGAGGAAGUCCCGGAAACAGCAGACCCAGCUGAACUCCAAGCUGUCUCUGUUCUGCAUCUACCUCAGCCUGCUGGCCUUCAUCAUCACCUUCCUGGCUGGAGUCCAGAACCCCAGCCCUCAGAACAGCUCUGAGAACAAGCCCAGCUUCCAGAACCACAUCAUGGACUCUGACCUGCACGUGGAGCCGGAUCGAGGCCACUGCACGGCGGUGGCGGCGCUCCUGCACUUCUUCCUGCUGGCCACCUUCUCGUGGAACAGCGUGUACGGCACCCAGCUGGUUCUGCUGGUCCGCUCCAUGCAGCGCCAUCUGCCGCUAUACUGGACCCCCCUCAGCAUCGGAGUUGGAUGGGGAGUCCCAGCGCUCGUCAUGGCCGUCACACUGGCAGCGACCUACAGGGUGCAGAACCCGCUGGAUUACAGACAGGAGGAGUUCUGCUGGCUCGCCGCUCUGGAUAGGGACAAACACUUCAGCUUCCACAAACCCUUGUUCUGGGCCUUCCUCCUCCCUCUGGGCCUGGUUCUGAUCUACAACACGGUGCUGCUGGUGCUCACCUCUCUGACCACCUGCAGGGUGGAUCCCCGGCUCACCAGCACAAAGCGCUCCUCCCUGACCCGGAAGGUUCUGGUCAGCUUCUCUCUGGCCGUGCUGCUGGGAAUGUCCUGGACCCUGGGCUACUUUGUCCUGGUGACCACAGGAACCCUCCACCUGGUCUUCAGCAUCCUCUUCUGCCUCUGCACCACCACACAGGGGCUGCAGAUCUUCCUGCUCUUCACGGCCAGAACACGGAGCUUCCAGGCCUCCAUGAGGAGGUCCGUCCGCUACAUCUCCUCAGCCAGCAUCCCGUUUAACUCCAACAAGUACGAGCUGUGGAAGAAGGGGAACGAGAGCAGCAGCUCGGAGACAUACCGGGAGAUCCUGCACCAGGACACCAGCAUCUAGCAGCAGGAACAUGGAUCAGAACAUCGACCCCCAGCAGAUCCACACCAGGACUUCAAUGGAACCCAAUCAGAAGCAGUUCAGGGAUGGACCUGAGUUAAUGUACUGCUUUAAGGUUAAUUCAACAUCUCAUUUAAUGGACUCUGCUAAAUGAAUGGAGCCAGUCUAGAUGUUUGUGUUCUAUGAACAGUCAGGUUGUUCUGUUUAAAUGUUUUGUGUUCUUGGUUCUUCAUCAGAACAAUAAAAAGAAGUUCUGUCUGGUUUCAGCGACCGGGUCAGGAAGGACGGCUCUAUGUCUUUAUAUGAAAACAAUAAUGAUAAUGUUCUCUGGACCGCAGACUGUGUGACUUUAUGGCUGCAUUAUUGUGUUAUUGGACAGCUAAGCACAUGGUGGUGUUUGUAUUGUGACGGUUUUGAUUGACUUUUCUAGGUUUGUAGGUGUUUUUAUACCUAUAGGGGUGCCAGUCAGGUAUCCCUCCUGACAAGUAGGAUUUUAAGGUUUUUUUUUGUUUUUUACCAGUCACACAAGGACCACACACUUCAAGGUGUAGACCCUUAAGUACAAUGAAUGACAAACAAUUGUUUUACACAUAACACCAACAACAGAAAUGUUUGUUCUACAGUUUUUUGUAUUUUUUAAAUGUCCAUUCAAAAAUAAACAAAUCCGUUCCCCACAAAAAAAGAUCCUUGUUUCCUCCCAAGUAGGCAGGCUGCACCACAAACUGCCCCACAG